GCCUUUCUUACAGGUCAGGUGGCGAGUCUAUCCCCUGAAUCUUUACUUUAACUUCAUGACGCUGUGGUGGCCCUGGUUGACCCUCUUUACUCCUUUCACUCUCACAUCAUCGUUUUAUAAUGCGUCUUCAAGUAUACACUACCAGUGCGCCCGGGUAUGCUCUUGGCACCUGUUUCGCCGGCAUAGCGUUCUGUUCUCUUCUCUUCCCCGAGCGCGCGCAGCGGAGCUUCGGCGUACACUUGCAGCCGAAGAGAGGAUACCCCGCAGCCACCGACGAGAGGCCGGAUUACCAGGAGAAAUCAGAACCAUUCAGACCAUUUGGCCUACCCAUCGGCCGGUCGCCGGAACAUGCAUACUUCAUAUCAAAAGCGGGGCGAGACUUGACGUUUGGUGUCCUCUUUGCCUACCUGCAAUGGCGCAACGAUCAGCAUGCAAUCAUGAGCCUGCUCGGACUCCUGGGUAUUGCCUACGCAGCUGACGGAUACGCUGUCUGGGCGUGUAGCCCCGACGAAACAGGAAGGAAGUGGAAGGUUUUACAGCAUUGCAUUGGAAGUGCGGCCCUCGUGUUUAGUUCCUGGCGUGCACUCGCGAGGGAAGAAUGAAGGGGAAAGGGAAGGCCGAUCGUUGUGGUUGUACUUAUGUUGUCCACAAUACCCCAGAUGGUUACUGCCAGUUGAUUGCACCUCUUCUUUGCGAUUCUACG